UUGGCCGGGCUGUGGACGCGACGCGUCGGUGCGUCGCCAGGCGUGUCGAGGCCCGCGGGAUCAACGCCCUGCCGAGACCGGCACGACCAUCACGGUCAUCACGACAUCCUCGAGGAUACGAAGACGUCUUCAAGGAGCCCUUCGACCGCGACCAGCCUUCGGGUCCUCCAGAAUAAGGACCAUGGCAGAACCUCGGGCCGAAGACUCCUUGGCCGCCUCGAACGCUGCCCUCAUCCCGAGGUCCACGCCGACGACUUGGUAACCGUCAUGACGCCGUGGUGGAGGUCACGCCGAGGCCGAGACCUCGUGGCCGGCGGCCUCCUGCUCUCGUUCUGCGUCGCUUCCAUCCUCACGCUGAGCAGGGUGCUGACGGCGAUCUCCGCGCGGCCCAGGCCCGCCCCCAAGCCUGCCGUGGUCGGGGAGGUGGCCAAGCCGCCGCUGUACCCGCCGCCGCGGCCACUGCUCGACCUCAGCCACUUCCAGUACCUCACCAACGCCGACCCUUGCGGGGGCGGCGACGUCACAGGCGUGCUCGUCGUCACCUCCCACGCCGACCACGUGGAGCUCCGCAGCGCACACCGCCGCGCGUACCCGCGGUCCGAGCUGCUGCGCCUCGGCCUCCGCCGCGUGUUCCUGCUGGCCCGGGCGGCGCGGCGCGGAGGCACGGAGGACGACGCCGACGCGUGGGCGACGCGAGCGCUGCGCGACGAGGCGCGGCGCUUCGGCGACAUCGUGCAGGGCGACUUCCAGGAGGCCUACAGGAACCUGACCUACAAGCACACGAUGGGCCUGCAGUGGGCCGCUUCGUACUGCCCCCAAGCUCAGCUCGUCGUCAAGAUGGACGACGACAUCGUCGUGGACUUGUACCAGCUCAUGGACUUGAUGAAGCAACAGACCACCGCGGCGCUGGCCUCCUCCAUGUACGGCUACGUGCUGCAUGGGCUGCAGCCCUCCAGGGAGCCGGCCAACAAGUGGUUCGUGACGCGCGCCGAGUACGCCGCCGACGUCUACCCCGACUUCCUCUCGGGGUGGGUGUACGUGGCGACGCCGGGCGCGGCGCGCGCGCUGGCCGAGGGGGCGUCGCGGUGGACGUCGCGCCACGGCUACUUCUGGAUCGACGACCUGCUGCUCACGGGGAUGGUGCGCGAGGCCCUGGGGCGCGACUCGCCCCGCGCGCAGCUCGCCCUCCACGACCUGCGCCAGGUCUUCACCGUCAACCCCGAGGUGAUCCACUGCUGCCUCGCCGAGCCGGACCUCCGCUGCGACGUGCUGGUGGGUCCGAACGGCGGCGAGAACGACCUCAUCGUCAAGUUCCAGGCGCACGCCGCGCGGUGCCACUACGGCACGUCGUGCGCGGACCGGCCGCCGGGCCGCCUCGUGGAGAGCACGUGCGUGGUGCGCGCCGCCCAGGCCGACGACCGCCUGCCCGCGGAGGUCGCCCGGGACGGCCGCGGCCAGGCCAGCCAGGUCCGCAUGUUCUGA